GCUCCAGCCGCCUGUAGUAGGUGUGCAGCUUCGUGAAUCGUGACAACACGGCACGGCAUGAUCUGCUGCCGAGCCGAAGCGUGUCGCUUCUGUGCAACCCUGUCUCCCGAAACAUCUUCCCGCCAGACAGCCUCGCGACACACUUUGCUUCUUCUCCCCUGACUGUCUGACCCGUUCCGACAAUUGCCCAUGCGCUUCGCAAUGUCACGACGGCAAUCUUCGCAACAGUCUGUCCUGUCGACGGGCUGGCUUUGGCAUCACCCCUGCACCUUCGGCUAAGACCGAAGACCAACAAAGACCAUUCACUCCUCGACCUUAUCGACCUCGAAUCAGCCUCUGCCGUAUCGCGCGUCGCCCCGCGCCCUCCAUUGCCCGCAUGGCAGCCCCAACUCACACCCGCGGCCCCGGAUGCCGCCUCGCUCCCGUACGCCACCCAGCCCUCGAAAACGACAUGCCUCCGACCGCCGCCCAAUUCUUCUAUUCAUCCCUCAUCCCUAUCGAUGACCCCCUAUCAACAGGCUCCCCUGCCAGCACGUCCGACCCGAGAUCUUCAAAACGGCAGCUUCGCCCCUUUAGUACCGAGGACAACAUUGCUCUAGAGAAGGCAUGGCUGAACCUUGCGUCGCAGCCAGACCGCCUCCGGCACCUUGGGUCCAGACUUGGCCGCGAAUUCGAGGGCUCGGCCCCGGGAAAUGCCUUCGCAGAGAGAGAGACGCUCGUUCAAAUGCUGGCGAUGGAUCACCGAGAGAAGCACCCUCAUGCCGCCUCCACAUUAGAUCCUUCAAAUGCAGUCACGCGGGCUUCCAUUGUCCCAUGUUGCACCGAACUCCUCAUGAGUGUCUCGGAAGGGUUGCAAACCAGCUUCUGUAGCUUGUCCCGGAAACACGACCCACAAUUGAGCAUUGAGGAGGUUGCGCGCGACGUUCUCACGGCCAUGAACGCUUCGCGUAGACCCGGUGCUGCUGACAACCAAGAGCAGAUAUCGCCGACGAGCAGUCCUCGGGGGCAUCCCGGUGGCAAAGACAAUGAACAUCUUCAGCGUGCCCACAACGAGAGCUCUGAUGCAAAGCGGCGGCCUCGUUCGACAUCCCAGCUUACCAGCAGCUCGUCUCGGACUCAUACACCCAGCAGCGCGCGGGCGACCUUACGCGCCCACCACGGUGAUGAUGGCAUCUCAGGCAAACCAUUUGUGCGCGUUGUCAGCCUUGACAGUCAUCCAGCGUCGGGAUCAACUUCACUUCCGCGCACCGCCGUCGUUGCAAAUGCUCCAUCUGCUAGACGGGACGAUGGAGGCUCUGCAGAUCGCGAUACAUCUCCAGCGCUACUGGAACAUCUUGAGAACUCAAAUGCCGUGAUGCCGGGCGUGAAGAGCAUGGCGGAAGUCCCUGUUGGCGUAUCCCGCUUGCAUAAAGUCUCUCUCCCAUUGUUACAGAUGAAACCGAUUUAUUGGUCUCCAGUCAACGAUAUCGCAAUAGUAACAAGAGCCACCUGGUUCUACAGAGACACCAUGUUGCCAAUCGCUCCUGUUGUCGCCAACCAGCUUGAAGCUGGGUAUCAAGAGUUGCGUCCAUGGACUGAGACCUGGAACGACGAAAUUCGAUGCGCCAUAGAUGUUGGGCCACUGGGUGAGGAGAAAGUGGCGCAUUUACUCUGGCCACAAGACUCACAUCAGCCAUACUUGAACAAAAAAGGUGCUGAGGCUGAAGCACGUGUUUCCUCUGACCCUUUUUGCGCCUCACGCUGCUCUCAAGGCGAAGCAGCCUGCCAAGGCUCCAUCGAACCUGUUCUGAAUGGGCCAGCCAUUGCCUCAGGACCGUCUAAUAGGCCAUUUGCCAACUAUCACGUCAUCUACCAAGACGAGGGGCAGGCGUUCUUGUUAAAGCCCAGCCUGAAACCGUCGGCAUACUAUGGGAGGACACCUUUGAACAAAAUAGUGAAAGGUUUUACUGUUGGGGUACCCGUCAUCAGAGGAUUUGAUCGUCACACCUGGGACCGCCUUCACGAAAAGACGCGGGUGACUGUAGGCCAACCCGCUGUGUCAGCGACUGAGGAGCUUCAGCAAGAGGACAACUGCAAUACAUGCACGGCAUGCAAGGCAGCCAAGCGCGACAAUCAAGUCACCGACCUGAUUCUUGUAGCUCACGGGAUUGGGCAAAAGUUUGCAGAAAGGGUGGAGAGCUUCCAUUUUACCCAUGCCAUCAAUGGCUUCCGAAGAGCCGUUAACUUGGAGAUGAGCAAUCCGCUCGUCCGAGAAAUAAUACGGAAGGACCAAAAUGGCCUCAUGAUUCUGCCUCUUAACUGGAGGACUGGUUUGUCCUUUGAGGACGGCGGCCCUGUUCGAGAGGAAGACGAGGCAGCGCGGUCCGCCGACUCUUUCGCACUGAAAGACAUUGAACCGAGCACCAUCCCAGCCGUCCGCAGCAUGAUGUCCGAUGUCAUGUUCGACAUCCCCUUCUAUAUGUCCCACCACAAGGGCAAAAUGAUCAAGGCCCUAGUGUCUGAGGCGAACCGGGUAUAUCGACUCUGGUGCCGGAACAAUCCUGGCUUCGCCGAGAAGGGAAGAGUUCAUCUCAUUGCGCACUCUCUGGGUAGCGCCAUGGCGCUCGAUAUCCUCUCGCAUCAGCCAACAAGGGUGCCAAGGCUUGACCUCUCGCGACCCGAGCCCGCAACAAGCUUCUUCGAGUUCGACACGUGCAACCUCUUCCUCCUAGGUAGCCCCGCUGGAUUUUUCCUUCUGCUCGAGCGCGGUACCCUCGUGCCACGGCGCGGACAGCGCAAGCCUGGAGCUGACCCAACUGAUGUUACUGCAAAGUCUGUUGUCGGAGAAACGGGCACCCUCGGAUGCCUGGCCGUGGACAACAUCUACAACAUCCUUGCCAAGGAGGAUCCGAUUGCCUACCUGCUCAACGGUGCAGUGGACCCGGCGUAUGCGUCUGGCCUCAAGGUUGCCUACGUCCCCAGUACGACAACAUCAAUCUUGAAAUCUAUCGGAGACGCUGUACGUAACGUUGUUCCAGGCAUGGCCCCGGCCCCCGAUAUCCUCGCUAUGGAAGCAGAACGGCCGCCAACAGUACGACUGCCCUCACAGUUGGAAUUGGAGGUUCAUGACUUCAGUCGCGAGGAAAUUGCCGAGAAGAAAUUUCUUCUCCUCAAUGACAACGGGCAGAUCGAUUGGUUCCUUAAGUCGGGAGGUGGUCCUCUCGAGAUCCAAUAUCUCAACAUGCUCAGCGCCCAUACGAGCUACUGGACUAACCAGGACUUCAUUCGCAUGCUUUGCAUCGAGAUUGCGAGGAGACCAGGUAGAGCCUUCACCGUGCCCGCACUGAGGGCCGUCAAGGCAGGCAAGCGUUUUUCCCCCGCUACCCAAUAGUCUAGGUAGCAUGCGCGCUAUGGUGAGCUUGGUCCUUUUACCCGUGAGGCUCACCAACUGUUAGGAGCAAGCGAGGCGUUCAAGGGGGCUGUAGCCAGCCGUUUUGAUAACAACUCCACUUCCAGUGCCGAAUGGAAAGCGCUUGUCCAAAGUACAUUUGACUGUGGUUCACCUUUCUAGCAAUUGAUAGAGCAUUGCACCACUGACACCAUGACGCUCUGAUAUCUGCUGUAAGGUGUCGUUUGAUCGAGACCCAGUCUCUUGCAGGACAGUGCUCAGCUCAGCUUCGAUCGCCGUCGUGUAGCGAUUGGGGAAUGGCGGAUGCUCAGGUUGACAAUUCAG